AUGUCGACUGAGGCCCCCAGUGCCCUGGCGUCAGCGCCCACCCAGGUCUCUCUUGCGCCAGAGGCAGCGCAGACCCAGACCGGUUGCACCAACGACGUCGGCAACACAGACGGCCACCCCCAGGACCGCGUUGCGAAUGCUGAACACGAUGCUCCCCCCGACCACAUAGAAUGCGCAAAGCCCACCUUCCUUCACUCGCCGCCUGAUAGCAACAAUGCGGCCAAGUCCGACGGCUCGGAUUCCGAGCUCAGCGAACUUGACGAUGACGCCGUGAACCCCGCCGACGAGCCGCCCAAGGAGGACGAUAUUGGCGAAGUCGAACCCGACCACUACUCGGGCACCGUCCCUGUGUUCCGGCCGACCAUGCAUCAGUUUAAGGACUUCAAGCGAUUUGUCCGUCUUCUACCACCCGUGCCUGCCCUGUGA